AUGCCUCUGCAGACCAUACACAUGACGUCAGAGAACCAGAGAAGAGUGAAAGAACUUCUUCGAGAGCUUCAAGGGCAGGAGCUGGCGCCUGAAUCAGAUAAACCAACUGAACACAAAAUUGUGGAAAGUGAGGUGUCUCCGUUUGCUGUGCAUAAACUCUCCAGGUAUGGUUUCGACAGGGAGCAUUGUAGGACAGUGCUGAGAUCCUGCAACGGUAAUAUUGGGGCAUCACUGGAGUAUUUGCUGUUGCAGUGCUUUGCAGAAAGAUACGGAGAGAAGAUGCAGGUUUCUGCAGCGGCUGCUCAGGCCAGUCGAGGAGAAUGUUUAGAGCAGAGACAAGAAGAAGCUUUUGUCCUCCGGUCAAUCUACGGAGAAAAAUUUGUGGAAAGAAUUCAAAACCGAGUUUGGACUUUUGGUUUGGAGCUGGAGUACCUAACAAACAGGCUCAGCAAAUCUAAACAAAAGGGUAGUGGUACUAGAGAAACAACAAAGCAGACUUCACAAGAAAUAUGUAAAUUUUAUCUUCAAGGAGGCUGCAGGUUUGGUUCAAAAUGCAGAUUCAGACAUGAAGUUCCUCCAGAUCACCCUCUAAGACCAGCCAAGAGCUGUGUAGAUGAUGCCCAUCUCAGACCUAACAGUGAUGACUCUCCCAUGUAUGAACUUGAAAUAAGAUUUCCUGAAGAAAACAAGUAUCCGCUCCAGGCACCUCUCGUGGCAUUUUAUUCCACCAAUGAGAAUCUACCUCUUGCUUGUCGUUUACACAUUGCUGAGUUCCUCUUUGGAAAAGCCUUGGUAGCUGCGGAGUCUAGCGAACCAGUGGUGUAUGCGUUAGUGACUUCCUUAGAAGAUGAAUCUGAAAUAAGCGAGUUGCUUAAAAAUACUCACCACAAGUAUAGCGUUCCUCCUCUGUCCCUGCUGGCAACGCCUUCAGUGAGGCCGCGUGCAGAUGGUUCGUCCGGUUCAAAUCAAAUGUCGGAAGUCUCUGUAGUGUCAGAGCCUCAGGAGGAGGAGGAAGUGGCGGAGGAGGAGGAGGAGGAGGAUGAGCCUGACCAAGUCGUUGUGGAGAAUGAGAGUUACGUAAACCUCAAGAAAAAGCUUUCCAAAAAGUAUGAUAUGCAGGCAAAGUCUCUGUAUAAUGAAAAUGUUAAAAUCUGCAAGCAGUUUCGUCUGAAAAAGUCUUCUAGGCACUUCCAGUCCAUGUUGCAAGAAAGACAGAAGCUCCCUGCGUGGCAAGAAAGAGAAACCAUCCUUGAUUUGCUGAAUAGCCACCAAGUUCUUGUUGUGAGUGGCAUGACAGGAUGUGGGAAAACCACUCAGAUUCCUCAGUUUAUUUUGGAUGCUUCGUUGCAAGGCUCUCCAAACAGAGUUGCAAACAUCAUCUGUACUCAGCCUCGCAGGAUCUCUGCCAUUUCUGUGGCUGAACGCGUAGCCAAAGAAAGAACCGAAAGGAUCGGGGUCACUGUCGGAUAUCAGAUCCGACUAGAAAGUGUAAAGUCAUCAGCUACCAGACUCUUGUACUGCACUACUGGCGUGCUGCUGAGAAGGCUGGAAGGAGAUCUGACUUUGCAGGGAGUCACACAUGUUAUUGUGGAUGAAGUUCAUGAAAGAACAGAAGAAAGUGACUUCUUGCUGCUGGUUUUGAAGGACAUAAUGUUUCAGAGACCAGACCUGCGCAUUAUACUAAUGAGCGCCACCUUGAACGCAGAGCUUUUUUCUCAGUACUUUCACUCCUGUCCAAUUAUUAACAUACCAGGCCGAACGUUUCCUGUGGAUCAGUUUUUUCUGGAAGAUGUGAUUGCAAUGACAAGGUAUGUUUUAGAGGACAGCAGUCCCUACAGGCGCAAGACAAAGCAAGAAAACAAACUGAAUGGAAGACACAAAAGAACUGCCUUUGAAGAAGUGGAGGAGGACCUGAGACGGGCUGGCAUGCUGGGAGAGGCUGACGCAGCUGUCAGAGAUUCAGACCCAGACCAAAAAUUAACUCUAAAACAGCUCCUGGCACGAUAUAAAGGAGUUAACAAGACAGUGUUGAAAACAAUGUCUGUCAUGGACUUGGACAAAGUUAAUCUGGAAUUAAUUGAAGCCUUGCUGGAGUGGAUAGUCGCUGGCAGACAUUCAUACCCCCCAGGUGCUGUGUUGAUAUUUUUGCCUGGUCUAGCAGAAAUCAAGAUGCUUUAUGAGCAGCUCCAGUCCAACGCUCUUUUCAAUAACAGGCACAGCAAGAGGUGUGUUGUUUAUCCGCUUCAUUCUUCGCUGUCCAGUGAAGAACAGCAGUCUGUGUUCCUCAAGCCUCCUGUAGGAGUUACCAAAAUCAUCAUCUCUACAAACAUUGCGGAGACGUCUGUCACCAUUGAUGAUGUGGUCUAUGUGAUUGAUUCUGGGAAAAUGAAAGAGAAAAGAUACGACCCAAGCAAAGGAAUGGAAAGUCUGGAAGACACAUUUGUGUCCAGGGCCAAUGCCUUGCAAAGGAAAGGGCGAGCAGGCCGUGUAGCCUCCGGAGUCUGCUUUCAUCUUUUUAGUAGCCAUCAUUAUAACCAUCAGCUUAUAAAACAGCAGUUACCAGAAAUACAGAGAGUGCCCCUGGAGCAGCUUUGUCUGAGGAUCAAGAUUCUGGAGAUGUUUUCUGCACAGAGUCUUCACUCUGUCUUAUCACGACUAAUUGAGCCCCCGAGAACUGAGUCUUUGCGGGCCUCAAAGCUGCGGCUACAAGACUUGGGAGCGUUAACUUCAGAUGAAAAGCUCACCCCCUUGGGAUAUCACUUGGCUUCUCUGCCUGUUGAUGUCAGGAUUGGCAAGCUAAUGCUGUUUGGCACCAUCUUCCGCUGCCUGGAUCCUGCACUAACUAUAGCAGCCAGUCUGGCCUUUAAGUCACCUUUUGUGUCGCCAUGGGAUAAAAGGGAAGAAGCAAACAAGAAGAAGUUGGAGUUUGCAGUAGGAAACAGUGACUAUCUGGCUCUUCUCCACGCCUAUAAGGGAUGGCGUUUAAGUACCGAAGAGGGCUCUCAGGCAAGCUACAACUAUUGCAGGGAGAACUUUUUAUCAGGAAGAGUUCUUCAAGAAAUUGCCAGUCUGAAAAGGCAAUUCACAGAACUCCUUUCUGAUAUUGGGUUUGUGAAGGAAGGCUUAAGAGCCAGAGACAUUGAGAAGAAGUGUUGCCACGGAGGAGAUGGUGUGUCGGAUGCCACAGGAGAAGAGGCAAAUUCAAAUGCAGAGAACAUCAAGCUGAUCUCAGCUAUGCUGUGUGCUGCGCUGUAUCCCAAUGUUGUCCAGGUGAAAACGCCAGAGGGCAAAUACCAGAAGACUAGUGCAGGAGCAGUCAAAAUGCAACCAAAAGCAGAAGAGCUGAAGUUUGUUACCAAAAACGAUGGUUACGUUCACAUUCACCCUUCCUCUGUGAACUAUCAGACGAGGCACUUUGAGAGUCCCUACCUGGUGUAUCACGAGAAGAUCAAGACGAGUCGCGUGUUCAUUCGAGACUGCAGUAUGGUGUCAGUGUACCCGCUGGUCCUCCUUGGGGGCGGGCAGGUUCACAUGCAGCUGCAGAAGGGAGAAUUUGUCAUUUCUCUUGAUGACGGAUGGAUCCGAUUCGUGGCUGCCUCGCAUCAGGUGGCUGAGCUGGUGAAAGAACUACGCUGUGAACUAGAUCAGCUGCUGCAGGAUAAAAUCAAGAACCCCAGCAUGGACUUAUGCAUGUGCCCCCGUGGAUCUCGGAUCAUUGGCAUGAUUGUAAAGCUUGUGACCACACAGUAAAGUGAGAACACUUUCCUAUAAAGAUGCUAUUUGCUACUGCCUGAGAACAGACUGAGUUAACGUCAGUGUCUCUGUAUAGUCAAAACAUGGUGCUGAUCUCUGGAAGAUCAAGUUGGCAACUGUACUAUUCACUUUUUUUUUUUUUUUCUCCAAACCUUUGACUAUUUGCAGAGAGCUUACUUGUGGAAAAGAAGGUAUCUUACAGUACAAACUGGGAAACAGGAAAAUGGAAAAUCUCACAGGAGGAAUAGAAACCUCCAAGCAAGAAAACGAAGUGUUUGUUCAUGAAGUUCUAUGCUGACAAUAUGCUUUCUGGUCACAAAAAAUACUUGCUACCUUGCUGCUGCUUGUGAUAGUAACAGCUGGAGGCAGCAUGAGACUUGGAAAGCCGCUCCCCAAAUUGGUCUGAACUCGCUCCUGCUUUUUGGCCGAGACUUCAGCGAGAUAGUCUGUGUUGGCUCAGCAGGGAUUGACUUGCUUAAGGAUCAAAAGCCCUUAAAAAGGUGGGAGCCUGUUCGUUCGUGUCAAGGGGUUCCGGACUGCGUUUACAGAGCCUCCUCUAGCAAGGAGAUACUAUGACAGUGUGGUUCAGUUAGUUGGAGUAAUUCAUUGGACCAGUGCAGACUGCUUCUAGUUAAACUGUAAAACUGCAGAGGAGGGUGGAAGCUUCCUCCGAAAGACCUGCUUUUCAGGCCCCCCUGAACUGUGCCAAGAGCAAAACCGCUGAGAUGGACUGCUGUAGCCUAUUAAAAAUGGAUGCUUGGGUGGACAGUAUUGCUCACUGUUAAACUCUUCUGGUGGGAGGUAGUCUUCCUGCCACCCCAUACAGCUGAAAGGAAGUCAAGGUUUUUUAAGUUUUGCAGUUUUUAGCCAAACUCCUGCUCUGGGGAGUGGGCAGAUACAGAAGAGUGUGGAGAGUGCUGCAGUAAUAAUGAGAUAUUACUGCUUCCCUUCUGCAUACUUCUAGCUGAUCUGCAUGGAGUAACAGCAAUUGCCUUAGCAAUUGCCAAUAAUAGCAAGUGCCUUAAGUGAAAUAACUUUGACUACUGUCAUCUGUAAUAGGAAAAUCACAGUAAACAGGAAGUGGCUGUACCAGCAAACCUGCCUAGGAAUAACCAUCAAGCUGAGCAGCAAGGAGCAGAGGGAGGCAGAUCCUUUCAGGACUAGUUUGCUUUCUCAGAAACACACUCAAGUGUUUGUAGACCCCCCGUUUCACAGAGACACCCCCUUGCAUAAGGAAGAAAAGGGGAAGAGAGCACCAAGAAUGAAGUACUGGCUCGGUACGGUGGUCUCUGCAGGUAUGUUGAACUGCAAAAGGCUAAGC